AUGCAGUUCCUCCAGGAGCUGAUCCUCAGCCAAAACCCGCUGGUUGUGAUAGAUGACUCUGCCUUCUUCAAGCUGCCCUCAGUGCGCUCUCUGCAAGUGCCCAAGGAGACGGCCUGCUGCCUGUGCCAGGAGCGUCCCCGGCCCGAGAGCCCCUGCAGGACCAUCCAGUUCCUGUGCGAGAAGCUGUGCAGCAGCAGCGCCCCGCAGUGCGUUCACUCAACUGUGCUGCAGACACGGGGAGAAGUAAUGGACAUGGAGCAACGCAGAGAGCUGAACACCAGCCCUGUGUUGAUCCUCAAGCCCAUGGAACCUUCACUGGGAGAUCAUGGAACUGCAACGCUUGUGGUUGCCCUGACCCAGAGCGCUGAGGGUGGUGUCAGCAGCCUGGAUAGCUCCAGAAGAAAUUCAUAUCCCCCUCAGCAUCUCUUGGGGCACGAAGGCAAAACAAGUGCUGGUGACCUGAGGGCCAAGGUCAAGAAGAAGCUGCACAAGGCAGAAAGCAUCAAGGCUGCAAGAAUCACUGUCCCACACCAGCCCCAGCCUGCCAGGCUGAAGCAUGUGGUGGAAAAGACACCCUCAAGCUGGCAUCAAGAGAAGAUGGAGUCACGUUUAUACUGGCAAGGAUUAAAGCCCUCAGCUGUAGCUGGUGGAUUAAAACAUGCUGACGAUCCCUCCAUCUCUGGACAACACAGAGAUGAGGAGGAAGAUCCAACUGCCAGGAAGUACCACGUCAGGACACACAAACGGCACAAGAAGAAGGACAGGCAGUAUUGGGUUGGACAUAAUCCGCUUUUCUACCAGGUGCUGAGCCCUGUGAAAGUGGAGCGAAGGUCCAGAUCUGCCCAGGGUCUAAACAGGGACGUGGAUUUUCUCUCUGACCCGUUGGUUCAGAGCCACCCCGCUGUGAGCAGCAGACGAGGAGCCACGGCUGAAGAGAAGCAUUCCUCCAUCGGCGGCCACCUCCUGCUCAUGCCUGACACCAGAGAGGAGGAAGACUCCAUGCUCCUCCAUAAACCUGUGAGACCCCGAAGUGCGGACCUUGCGCCAGUACUAAAAGACCUGGAAACCAAUGCUGAUCAUCACCAGCAGUUGAUGGAGGCACACAAAGGCCUGAAGACAUUCAUGGCCCACGUGGAGCGAGCCCUGAGGAGGGACUGCAGCCUGCCCCAGCUCAAGCAGGCCUGUGCCAAGAUGGUCAAAAAGACCAGGCUGCUUCUAAAGGUGCUCCAAGAGAGGCAAGAGAACCAGGGAGCCUAUGAUCCAAUGGAGCAGUGUCGUCAGCAAGAGAACAUGAUCAUUCACAUGGCCUUGGGGAAGGACAAGGGACUCACAGGGAAGCAAAAACUGGAGGUUGUGGUGUACGUGAUCACAUUUCUGGUUUUGCUGUUUUUAUUCAUCUUGGUUUUCCUGAUACUGAAGUGUGUCUUCCACAAGCGCUCCCGACAGAGUGAACUUGACUCCCAGCCUGGCCACCCCAGGAAAUUGUUGCUGAGAAGGUUCUGUGCAAAACUGCCACAGAGAGGGAGGAAGGAUAACAAGGAGGCACAGAAUGUAGAGCAGCCUUUGCCCUACAGGGCAGAGAGCUCCUCCAAGUGUUGCCCCUGUUCCCAGGCUGUUCAUGGUGCUUCCCAGUGCUGUUCCCUGUUCAGCAAGUCUGAAUUGCUGUGGAUUCAACGCAUCAGGGAUGCCUAUGAAUCCCAGAGAUCAGCAUCCCGGGAAGAGGCAUAGUGUGAAGAACAAAGGUAGAAGACUUUCAAGAAGUUAAUGGGAUGCCACAAUUGUCCACCUCCCAUUUAGCUGAGGCUCUCCUUGGAUGCUGCUUUGUUGGCUGUUUUUAUUUCCUUACAUGCUUUUUCCUUGACUGUUAUUUUCUUGCUGUCACUGCUGAGGGAAGGCCAGAGGGUGCUGCAGGCAAGCACAAGCUCUGGGACACCCAGAGAAGGCAUCAGUAUCUCAGGGUUUUCCUCAUCCCUUGUCGCAAUGUUUUACCCUGCAUUCAAUAAAAACCAAGUUUGUUCUCGUU